AUGGACCGUCACGUGUUCUUUGCGCACAAGGUGAUGGCUAUCCGCUUCACGACCACGCUUGAGAAUGAUACAGGAGACGAGGGAAAGCCUGGCAGCCCAGGGGACGCCGAGUGUGAAGGCGACAUCGAUGGUGCAAUUAUUCUUGACCAUAGUGUUAUAAAGUGGCGGAGAGGUGGCAAAAAAGCUAGGCACUUCGAGCUGUCAAGCGAAGCCGAAAGAAUCAAGGUAUUGAGGGACUAUUUUGGCAUUGAGAUUGGCAUUGAGAAAGCUGCAGCCAUGAUGGGAUGUGCUGCCCAGUUAGCUAACAAUGGCUGGGGCGUGUUUGAUGAUGAUAUGCUAUAUAGGGAAGCUGGUGCCCCAGCUGGGAGUAUGCCUGUCUAG